AUGACCGAAGGCAGCGCGCUCGCUGCCGUCGGCACGCAGCUGCGAACGCUCGCGACCGAGAUCCAACAGUACCUCGCCAGCGUCCCAGAAGGUGAUCGCUACUUUCCUCCUAUUAUCGAUUGGCACCACCCAGACGAAUACGCCCAGACGGGCGUGCAGGGACUAAGCAAGUUCCUGCAUCACGUCCACAAGGAAAGCGCCAUUGUCGACGCCCUACUCGAGUCUCCCAGUCCACCCUUGGAGUACUCGACCAACCUCGUGUCGUUACAGGGCGUCUGGGACGCAUUCAAGCGCUCUCCUCGCCCGCUCGUCGGCGUGUGGCAAACCAUGGAGCGCCAGGGAGCGCCAGGAUCUGUCAAGGUCGAUGUCGUGGCAGCCGGUGGGGAUGAGUGGGUCAAGGUCAACACGAUCAAGGAGUCGCGCCUCAUGGUUGAGUUUCGUGAACAUGACUCGUACAUCAACUCGGACUACGACUCGGACUCGGACGCUGAGAAUGGAUCCUCACCAGGCGCCGAACUCACCAACUCGCUCAUCACGCAGGCGCGACUCCUAAUCGAUGCAGCGCAGCAGUGCCAGCGGCUGCCAGGCCUCCAACAGCCGAGGAUACGAUAUGUCCUGACGCGGCUGGAGGAGAACCCGGAAGACGGCCACCGAGAUCCAAGGAUACCACAGACCUUUGCAGUGUUGCGAGAUCUGGGUAUCGAACUCGAGUUUGCCGCGCAGUGGGGUCCACCCCUACCACCUCUCACGCGGCCUGCCGAGGCUGUCCCUGCCAUAGAUAUCGUGCUCGACCUCAGUGUGCUCAUAGCUCUCUGCUGUGACUCGACGCAUUGCCCCCUCCCACAGAAUGAAGACGAGCUCGAGGCGCGCUUUCGACUGUUGCUCGUGGGUGACCAGACCUCAACAGCGAACGGAACGCACAAGCCCACUCCGCAUCUCGCACCGCAUUCGAACGCAACGCGCGACCUGCGCGACCAGCUGCAGCUCGAGAUGACUCGGCCGCUGAUACACGACCUGCGUGAUCAGCUGUCAGCCGCGGGGAUCACGACCCCGCGCUUCUGGUGCACACGUGAGGUGUAUGGGCGGCUUCCUGGGUUAGUGGAGGUGAUUGGGGGCGCUGCGGAACGGCGCCGUGCCAAGGCGCUCUUCGACCCAGCCGUAGGUGACUUCUGGAGAGGCAGUCGAUGGGAAGGUGAUGCGGGCUGUCUCACCUCAAUCAGCGUGACGAUCAUCGAGGACGGGGAGCUGGCGACCCACGAGCCCGAGAUGGCAUUCGACGCGACCGUUGCCGCCGUGUGUGAGCGCAUGAUCGCGGCAGGAGGGCCAAGCACGCCACCCUCGCGCGAACCAACCCCUGGCCCAACCAAGCCCACCCGCCCACCCAAGAAGAAGGCUGAGCCAAAAACCAAGAACAAGAAGGACAGGGACAGGGGGCAGGCGAGUAAAAACCCCCUGCGCCCCGGUACCGUGUUUCCCGCGUCCUCGCGCCUGCCGUCGGGCCACACGCUCCGCACCCUUCUCGCGGGGAUACAGGCCCGCGCGACCGUACUGACCAACAACCGCGGCGCCGUGCUCAAAGUCAUGCGCGAGGCGGGCGUCACGGACGGCAUACCAGAUACGGAUGCGGGUACGAGGCGCGCGCGUAUCUGGGUAGUCAAUUCGUCGAGUUUAGCGGAGUGGCGCCGCAUCGAGGUCGAGGAGAAUAACCGCCGCGUUCUGGCCGGCGAGGAGGGGUUCGAGUUGCGGCGGCAGGGACAUGGGAACCAAUCUUGA